UCACUGUAUAAUUUUACGCACGCGUGCACAACCAAUAAAACAUUAGUUUCCAAAUCACAAGUGUGUGUGUGCGUAAGAUCAUGUCUUCUUUUUUAGAAAUUAUUUUGAACUUAAUAAUGGUAGUGCCGCACGCGCCUGUGCGUAAAUGCGCAACAAACCUCCCCCUUUCUCCAAGAUGAUCCGGUUAAAGCCAAUUUGCCCCGAUCCGUCUGCAUGCAAAUGCGGCCGGAGCGGAUGGAUCAGUGCGCCGCCGGACACGGUGCGCAUUCUCCAACCUGCGCACGCACACAGUCCCCCUGGACUGUGCGUCAUCAUAACUUAUGUCGACCCUCCCAGAGUGCGUAAAAGUUACACAUCCAUACACAACCAAAACGAAAAAGCCAACAAAAUCGGUGACAAUCGCGGACUUUAGUGGCGGCUGUUCGGUGCGCGCAAUGACGCGCGGCCAGAAAAAUCCAAGAGAAUCCCGAUCACACAGACUAAAAUGUUUUCAGGACAAGGUGUGUGUGUAGGGGGGUAUAUUCUCUGCUACCCUCCGGACCCGGCCAACUCCGACCUUGUUUACGUGCGCUGCUUGAAGGGAAGGAGAGGAGGGGAGGGGGGUAGAGAUGGAGAGAGCCGGAGAGGCAUUGGGAGAAAGAGAGAGGGAGGAGAUGGAGCGAGGAGGGGGGGACUGCAAUAUCAUUUGUGAAUCCCUCUCACAGUGCUGCAGAUAGGGGCUGCCAACACGCGCGGCGUGUCUGCAGGUGAAAGAGCGGGGAUGAACAUGCUGGAGACAGCCGGGAAUUCAACCCACGCUUCCUAAAAAGCUUCGCUGGAUUUGUCUUUUUUUCUGAUUUUCCUUCAUUAUUUUAUCCACAACCCAGAUUUUUGCCACCUUUUUUUUAUUUGCCCCCUCCCUCCCUUUUUCCCUCCCUUGUACAUCUUGUAAGGAGAGAGAGAGAGACUAUCCGUUCUGCUUGUUGCGAGUGACUUGGAGGAGAAUCGGAAGCCGGACCGGGCAGGUUGCAGCUCCGCGCGCAUGCAGUCCGCACGCACCGGUGGAGAGGAGUUUGGAAAGUGCGCGGGCAUUUGAGCGAAUCCCUUCAUCUGUGGACAGAGGAAUAGUGCAGCCUCACCCAGAAAACGAACACAUUUAAAUCCAACAAACUGUAGGUAAAACGGAGCGACGUGGACUGAAUUGACUUUCUGCUGACGCUUGGAUCAGUAUUUUUUUUUUUUUUUUUUGGCUUUUACGCUUGUGUCAGUCAGCAUUUUUGCGGAUCCUCUCUUGCAUUUAGCAUUUUUCCCCCUUUUUUUCUACAUAAAAUAAUAAAAAAAAGAAAGAAAAGAAGCCUUGUGCACUUUGCUGCUUUCCACUGCAGCAGAUGGAUGAAGUGUCCGGAGGAUGAAGUCUCACGCAUCCCAAAGCAAGGAGCUUUGCUCUUAAACUCCAUCUCCCCAUCAGACUCUCCACCAGUGAAACACUUUUGAUAUAAUUUUUUAUUUCAGUGGACAUUCAUUUCAACAAGGGGAACGAUGAGGACUACUGCUGCAGUGGACUGUUUGUACUAUUGCAUGCUCAUCCUGCAGCUUGUGCAUCAGCCAGAUGCCAAGCAGGUGCUCCGGUACCGUUUGGCUGAAGAGGGACCGGCCGAUGUGAGGGUGGGCAAUGUGGCCGGAGACCUGGGCAUGGUGGCCGGGUCCAGGGAGGUGACAUUCACCCUGGAGUCCGGCUCAGAGUUUUUCAAAAUAGACAAUAUAACAGGCGAGCUCACCACCAACGAGAAGCGGAUUGACCGUGAGAAACUACAGCAGUGCCAAAUGAUAUUUGACGAAAACGAGUGCUUUAUAGAUUUCGAAGUGUCGGUGAUCGGGCCGGCACAGAGCUGGGUCGACCUCUUCGAGGGGAAAGUCACCAUUUUAGAUAUAAAUGACAACACCCCAUCGUUCCCGUCCCCUGUCCUGACACUGUCUGUGGAGGAAAACAGACCCAUUGGAACCCUUUAUCUGCUGCCCACAGCUACAGACAGAGAUUUUGGCAGGAAUGGGAUUGAGAGAUAUGAGCUCAUUCAGGACAAUGGAGAAAACUCGAGGCGCUCGGGGUCCUCUGGGGAUUCGUACUCUGGGAAGAGGAGAUUUGAGGAGGGAGCGAGCAGGAGCAGCGUGUUUGAACUCCAAGUUGCUGACACCACUGAUGGAGAGAAGCAGCCCCAACUCAUUAUUAAAGGGGCCCUUGAUAGGGAACAGAGAGACUCCUAUGAGCUCACGUUGCGCGUUAGGGACGGAGGAGACCCCCCUCGCUCCUCUCAGGCCAUUUUGAGGGUAAUGAUCACUGACGUGAACGACAACAACCCUCGGUUUGAGAAGAGCGUGUAUGAAGCUGACUUGCCGGAGAACAGUUCCCCCGGUUCCCCGAUACUACAGCUGAAAGCGGCCGACGCAGACGUGGGGGUUAACGGUCAGAUUGAAUAUGUGUUUGGGGCGGCCACAGAGUCAGUGAGGAGGCUGCUGAGGUUGGACGAGAGCACAGGGUGGCUGAGUGUGUUGCACCGCAUCGACCGUGAAGAAGUGAGCCAGCUGAGGUUCUCGGUAAUGGCCCGUGACCGAGGCCAACCCCCCAAAAUGGACAAGGCCACGGUGGUGUUAAACAUCAAAGACGAAAACGACAACGUCCCCGCCAUCGAGAUCCGCAAAAUUGGACGCAUUUUCCUCAAAGACGGGGUGGCCAAUGUGGCCGAGGAUGUGGUUGUGGACACGCCCAUCGCUUUGGUCCAGGUGUCGGACCGCGAUCAGGGGGAAAACGGCAUCGUGACCUGCACAGUUGUAGGAGAUGUGCCCUUUCAGCUCAAACCAGCAAGUGAGAUGGACGAGCAGAACAAAAAGAAAUACUUCCUCCACACCUCUGCUCCGCUGGACUACGAGACCACAAAGGAAUACAACGUGGUCAUCGUGGCAGUGGACUCCGGGAGCCCCAGUCUUACGAGUAACAACUCUCUUCUGGUCAAAGUGGGCGACACUAAUGACAACCCUCCUACCUUCAGCAAAAAUGUAGUUCAAGUGUCUUUCCCAGAAAACAAUGCUCCUGGCGAGAGGGUGACAACAGUGACAGCCGCUGAUGCAGAUAGUGGAAAGAAUGCGGAAAUAGCCUAUUCCCUAGACUCAUCAGUAAAUGGGAUUUUCUCUAUCGACGCAGACAGUGGAGACAUACGAGUAAACACCAACCUGGAUAGAGAGCAAAAAGAGCGCUACGAAUUCAAAGUAAUAGCUAAAGAUAAGGGCAUAAACACCCUUCAGGGUUCUGCAACCGUGGUUGUCCUUGUGGACGAUAAGAAUGACAAUGAACCAAAGUUCAUGCAAGAUGUGUUCACCUUCUAUGUCAAAGAGAACCUUGAUCCAAACAGCCCAGUUGGCAUGGUUACUGUAAUUGAUGCUGAUAAAGGGCAAAACGCUGAGAUGGGGCUUUUUAUUGAGGAAGAGGAGGAGAUCUUUUCCAUCGAGAACGAGACCGGGACUAUUUUCUCCACCCUCUCCUUUGACAGAGAGCAGAAAACUACGUACACGUUUCGCGUCAAAGCUGUGGAUGGGGGCGACCCUCCCAGAUCUGCCACAGCCACAGUCUCACUCUUUGUCAUGGAUGAGAAUGACAAUGCUCCAACAGUAACUUUCCCCAUAAACAGCUCCUACACGCUCCUUCCUCCCUCCAGUACUGUCAGGACGGUAGUCAGGACGGUCAUAGCCACAGAUACAGACACCGGGAUCAAUGCAGACCUCAACUACAGCAUCAUCGGGGGUAACCCCUUCAAGCUGUUUGAGAUUGAUGGGGCGACUGGGGUCAUUUCGCUGAUGGCUAAGCUGGAGCAGAAGCACUAUGGCCUCCACAGAUUGGUGAUCCAGGUGAAUGACAACGGGCAACCCUCUCAGAGCACCACCACUCUGGUUCAUGUUUAUGUUAAUGAGACUCUGUCUAACUCCACAAUAGUGGAGGCCCUAGUGGCUAGGAGUUUGAGCACAUCUCUGAACACUAACAUUGCAGGGGACCCCAACUAUGAUCUAAGCAAACAGCGUCUGAGUAUUGUAAUUGGAGUGGUAUCAGGCAUUAUGACUGUCAUUCUCAUCAUUCUGGUUGUUGUCAUGGCCCGUUAUUGUCGCCCAAAGAACAAGAAUGGCUAUGAGGCUGGCAAGAAGGACCACGAAGACUUUUUUACGCCACAGCAGCAUGAGAAGUCCAAAAAGCCUAAGAAGGAUAAGAAGAAACAGAAGUCCAAACAGCCCCUCUAUAGCAGCAUAGUCACUGUAGAGGCCUCUAAACCCAACGGGCAGCGCUACGACGGCGUCAGCGAAAAGCUGUCGGACAGCCCCGGCAUGGGCAGGUACCGUUCAGUGAAUGGCGGGCCGGGGAGCCCAGACCUGGCGCGGCACUACAAGUCCAGUUCGCCGCUCCCCACAGUCCAGCUUCACCCACAGUCGCCGACGGCGGGAAAAAAGCACCAGGCGGUUCAGGACUUGCCCCCUGCUAACACCUUUGUCGGCACCGGAGAUAACAUUUCCCUCGGAUCUGACCACUGCUCCGAGUACAGCACUCAAACGAUCAACAAAUACAACAAACAGCCGUUUCGCCGAGUGACCUUCUCGGUGGUGAGCCAGCCCCAGGACCCUCACCAGCAGGGAUCGCUGCAGAGCUGCUACGACAGCGGCCUGGAUGAGUCGGAGACACCCAGCAGCAAGAGCUCGUCGGGCCCCCGGCUGGGCGCCCUUCCCCUCCCCGAGGACAGCUACGAGAGGACAACGCCUGAUGGCAGUGUCGGUGAGGCAGAGCACAUGGAAAAUGACUCCCGGCCUUUGCCUGACGUAGCCAUGACUGGCAAGUGCACCCGGGAAUGUGACGAGUACGGCCACUCAGACUCCUGCUGGAUGCCUGUGCGCACAUCGCCCGAGCGACGGCCAUCCAAACCAACCACUAACCCUCAGCAACCAAAACUUUCCACAUUCAUGACCGGCAACGGCAGCAGCAGCAGCAGUGCCGAGCAGCCCGGCAGCCAGGAGACCCUCGCCAUGGCCGCCAUGGCCAACGGAGACCCCACAGCCGCACAUAUGAUGGGAGACCGCAAUCGCAACCUGCUCAACAAGAAAAUGGCCUCCUCCUCCUCCUACGAGGCCUUUGGGUCACCUUCCUACGGCUCCCCAGGAGGCGGGGAGGAAGUGCUGGGCCACCCGACCGAGGAGAUCCCCCUUGCACCUACCGGGGAGUAUAAACCCACUACCUGUGGUACUCUGACGCGACGGGAGGUGUACCUGUGAGCAAGGAGGCUUACACGUCUCCACUGACUAUUAAGCAUAGCUGCUUACCCGUGACCGUUGCAUUUCUAGAAGCCUUUAGCCACACAACGUAGGACUACAGUUUCUCCAAAGACUUUUACAAGAAUCCCUUCAUGAAGAAUGCAAGUGGAUAUCACACCUUUUUUUAUAUAUAUAAAGUGAUAACUCCAGUGGCGGAGGAACUUUCAGCGAGGUUGUUUUACUAGCGAGUCGGGCUCUUGGGACACAUUCUGCUGCCUGACAGUCAAUCUGUACAGCAAUCAACUCAUUUUACAUGAAACGCCACAUGCACGAGUUCUCCUCGUUCUUUGAAAUGAGGCAGAAGCCACCUCUUUUUUUUGUUAAGUUUUCUAGAUCAUGAGAUGUACAUGUAAACAGUUUUCAACUUGCCUUUUAUUUAAGUACAGUGCAACAGUCCGGCCAAGACGCCCCACGGCUAGAGAAACCAACGGGACUUGCGCCGACCCCACGUGUUCUGUCAACUUUGGAAGCCUAAGAGAUGACGGUGGAUACGUGUCGAGUAUCACGAGGAGGGAAUAGAUGGCGCUUUAAGUCCUCACUUUGAGGCGGAUAUUUCAGUUGACAGAAUCGGCGACUUCAACACUUCAGCCACCUGCCGUCUAUGACAAACCGGUGACUGAAGCUAACCAACGGUGUGUCACUCAUUGUACAUAGCCAUUGGACCACAGUGACAUCACUAACUGCUCUUACUCCCGUUUUACCUUUUUCUGUAGCCUUUUUGGUUUCUCUUUUUGUUUGAGUUGGAAACCAAAACCCCUUUCUGAGAAAUGCAAGAUCUUACAACUUGAAAAAGCAUGGGGUGGUUCCCUUUGGAUCCCCUUAGCUGGACGUUCUGUCUUUACCAAACCGGCUUUGCUCACAAAAAAUAAAUAAAAAAACUAUGUAGGCACACAUCGCCAAAUGAAGUCAUUUGAGGCCAGUGAUGCUGCUACUGACUGAAAGUCCUGGGUAAGCACAGUGUUUGGCUGGAGAUUACAGCUCUGGAGGUGCAAUUGAACUUGUGUGUUGGCUCAGAGUGACUGCUGUACAAGUGCGCACACGUAAUAGGCUGAAAGGGGGUGUAAGCAAGGCCAAGUUGAUCCUAAAACCCGCUGAAAGGACAGCGUUUUACAGCUUCUUUUAUGAGCGUGUGUGAUAUGAGCAAUAAAUGUAACACUGUACGCGA